CAAUCAUGAAGAGUUCUUCUAUCUUCACCCUCGCCGGACUGCUGACCUCCGUGGCCGGCCAUGGCUACCUUACCAUUCCAUCUAGCAGAACCCGACUAGGAUUUGAGGCUGGUAUCGAUACAUGCCCCGAGUGUGCUAUCCUUGAACCUGUCACCGCAUGGCCGGAUCUCGAGGAGGCCCAGGUUGGCCGCUCUGGUCCCUGCGGUUACAAUGCCAGGGUGAGCGUCGACUACAACCAGCCCAGCGAUAAUUGGGGGAACUCGGUUGUCGCGACCUACACGGCCGAGGACACCAUCGAAGUGCAGUGGUGUGUCGACCACAACGGUGACCACGGCGGCAUGUUCACCUACGGUAUCUGCACUAACCAAACGCUUGUCGACCUCUUCCUUGACCCGGAUUAUCUGCCGACCAAUGAUGAAAAGCAAGCCGCUGAGGACUGCUUCCUUGCGGGCGAGCUGAAAUGCACCGACGUGAGCGGCCAGACCUGCGGCUACAACCCCGACUGCACGUCGGACCAGGCCUGCUACCGCAACGACUGGUUUACAUGCAAUGCGUUCAACGCGGACACCAACCGCGGCUGUGAGGGGGUGGACGGAGCGGCGCUGAACUCGUGCACCACCACCAUCGCGGGCGGAUACACCGUGACCAAGAAGAUCAAGCUCCCUAACUACUCGUCCGACCAUACCCUGCUGCGCUGGAGGUGGAACAGCUAUCAGACCGCGCAGGUCUAUCUCGGGUGCGCCGAUAUCGCCAUCACCGGCGGCACGACCAGCAAGACUAGCAGCACGACGACGACGACCUCCAGUACGACCAGCUCCGCGACCUGCACCGCCGCUACCAGCGUAGCUGUUACUUUCAACGAGCUGGUCACGACAACCUACGGCGAGAACAUCUUCCUGACCGGCUCGAUCAGCCAGCUGAGCUCGUGGGAUACCUCCUCCGCCAUCGCGCUCUCGGCCUCCUCGUACACCUCCUCCAAUCCCCUAUGGACGGCAACAGUUACCUUGCCCGCUGGCACGACCUUCGAGUACAAGUUCAUCAAGAAGGAGUCUGACGGUACAGUGGUGUGGGAGAGCGACCCGAACCGAUCGUACACUGUACCGACCGGUUGUGCAACUGCGGCGACCGUAGCUACAACCUGGAGGUAG